UUUAGUAAAAUCCAAGGAAAUAUGUUUUGUACGAAACCUUUUAAGAUUAUAUCGGAUGGGCAAUUACAAGAACUUCUUAAGUAGAACCGCUUCUGAGGCGACAUACUUGCAGUAUUGCAUAAGUGAACCUCAUAUUAGAGAGAUGCGAUCAGUCGCUGUCCAAUACAUAAACAAUGUUUGCUACAAGCUUCAACCUUAUCCUCUCUUGCGUUUAUCUCAGAACCUGAUGAUGAAGGAGUUGGAUGUUGAAUCUCUAUGCCAUGAGUGUGGUCUUGAGACAUGUACUGAUCCUGAUGGGUUCGCUGUGUUACCCGCAAAGCAGUCAACCUUUCGUAAUCCAGAGGACAAGUUUAAAGGGUUGUUGUUACCUUCACGAAUGACGACUUCUGUUUGCCCUUUCUCGAAAGCUGCUCGUCCUGACGAUGCUUCCACUCGAAAACAAGGCGAUACGGCGGCUUCUGGUUGCCCUUUUUCUAAAGCUGCUCGUCCUGACGAUGCUUCUGCUCGAAAACAAGGCGAUACGGCGGCUUCUGGUUGCCCUUUUUCUAAAGCUGCUCGUCCUGAUGAUGCUUCUGCACGAAAGCAAGGCGAAGAUGGGAGUAAAGGAUGUCCCGAACACGAAGGGAAAUUGAACAAGGACUCUACUGAUUCUGCAACGGUGCCUGCCAAGUGCCCCUUUGGUUAUGACUCUCAAACAUUCAAGCUUGGGCCUUUUAGCUGUAUGCUAUGUCAAGCACUUCUAUAUGAGAGCAGUAGAUGUGUGCCUUGCACACAUGUGUUCUGCAAAGUGUGCUUAACACGGUUUAAGGACUGCCCUCUAUGCGGUGCUGACAUUGAAAGUAUUGAAGCUGAUGAAAACCUUCAAAAGAUGGUUGAUCAAUUUAUUGAAGGCCAUGCUAGAAUCAAGAGAUCUGUCGUCAAUGGAACAGAAAAAGAAGAGGUUGAAAAUGAUAACAAAAAAGUGAUUUACGCUGAUGUUUCCAUGGAAAGAGGUUCUUUCUUGGUGCAACAAGCUAUGAGGGCAUUUAGUGCCCAAAAUUAUGAAAGUGCUAAAUCAAGGUUGGCAAUGUGUACCGAGGAUAUUCGGGAUCAACUAGGGAGGGAGGGCAAUACCCCAGAGUUGUGUUCACAGCUUGGUGCAGUCCUUGGCAUGCUUGGUGACUGUAGCCGAGCGAUGGGAGACUCAAGCUCUGCAGUCAAGCAUUUUGAAGAGAGUGUUGAAUUCCUUAUGAAACUGCCGUUGAAUGAUUUGGAGAUUACACAUACACUUUCUGUCUCACUCAAUAAAAUAGGAGAUCUUAAAUAUUAUGACGAAGAUCUACAAGCUGCAAGAUCGUAUUAUGAUAGAGCUUUAAAUGUCAGACGUGAUGCAAUGAAGCAUCACCCAAAUGCUCCUUCACAAAUUCUGGAUGUGGCAGUUUCCUUAGCCAAAGUUGCGGAUAUAGACAGGACUCUACAAAAUGAAGUUGCAGCGACAGAUGGUUUCAAGGAAGGCAUGAAACUGCUGGAAUCUUUGAAACUGGACGCUGAAGAUUCUGCUCUCGAGCAACGACGGCUCUCUGUGCUGGAGUUCCUUAAGAAGCAAGUAGAGAAGCCUGAACAGUGUGAUUUGGACAUGGGGGCUCUUGCCCAGGUUGUUCCGUGGAUACCCGAAGACGACCUGCUCCUAAAGAAUGCCGUCGAGGCCGGUGCUUCUUUGGAAUCGCUUGCUAAAGGUGCUGUGCAGUUUUCUAGAAGAUUUUCUAUCAGAGAACUGCAAGAUCGAUGGCAUGCACUGCUUUAUGAUCCAGUAGUUUCUGCCGAGGCGGCUUUUCGGAUGACUGAGCUUGAACGUACUAACCCUAAUUUUCCUACAAAGUUUGGUAGAACUGGAUAUUCAAAAGAAAACAAAAGCUCAUCUAGGAAGAGGAAUGCUGAAAGGCUCAGAAGUACUUAUCAUUCCUUGCGGAAGAAAUUUCGGACUGAGCCAUUUAGUUCCUUGGAUCUAGGUUUCCUCGUACCACCAAAUGAUAGCCAUUUCAUGGAUAAUGGUGAUGCAACACAUCUUGGUCUUGAGGACUCUCACAUGGAUAUUAUCCACAACGCGUUUCCAGAAAUUUUGGCUGAAGGCGGUUGUGUGACAACUCAUGUUGUGCCGGAAGAUGAUUUACAGGGAAACAUUCCUUACGUAGGAGGAGAAAAUCUCACAUUCACUGAACAUGCAGGUCCAUCAGGAUGUGAUGUGGUUCAUCAAGAUUCCGAGCAGAAACUAGAGAAUACUGCUCACGAGGCAAUAACCACAAUGGCUAGCACUGAUUUCCUGGCACAGCUUUCAACUUCUCUUUUCGAAGAAGACGUGGAACCGUUCAUGGAAGUAGAUGGCAAAGAAGUUGACAAGUCAUAUUAUGAUGGUCUUAGCUCACUGUUGGUGAACUCAACAAAUGAUACAAAUCGCGAGGCUUUUCCUAACUCCACCGAGCAAGAUCCUUCCAUUGCACCAACUCAUUCAGGAGAUGCAACUCUGGAUGAUCAUGUGAUGCUUGAGCUAGAUGGUACAAUUGCAAUUGCAUCUGCUUUAGAUCCUCAUCCUGAGAUUGUUGGGGGUGUAAUCUGCUGUUUAUUAAACCAAGAGGAUCCUGAUAUUCCGUGUAAUGAUGACAUUUUCCUAUCCAACAACUCCCAUCCAAUGUCAGUUUCUUCCUUAGCCCGGCGGAACUUUAAGGAUACCAAUAAUCCAUUAACUACAUGUGUUAGAGACCUCUCCGCCAGUAAGGAAAAAAGUGAGGGAUAUUCAGUCCAGACUCAAAAGAAAAACCCAGGACGUUUACAGGGGUCUACUCAAGGAAAGCCAGAGAUGGGCCAACCAAGUCAAGCUAGCAAAUUCAGGGCAUCGACUAGUGCUGAGUUAAAGAAUACUGUAGCUCCUGGUGGUUCUACCUGUGCUGGGUCUGCACAGGCAUGCUCGAAUACUCUGCUUUCUACUGGUACCGGUGCAAAAGAUGGAAAGAAAGAAACUGCUAGUGGAACACUCUUUGUCGGUUCUGAUGGCCAUGGCAGCUAUCAGGAGAAGGAUAGUGAAAACUGUAAAGAGAAAAAUGUUGUACCACCUGUUAAUGAAUCGCCACAUGCUAAAGAUACUGCUGAUGGCUUGAUAGAGAUUACAGACCCUGAGCUAGAGAUCACUCUUGCAGAAGCAGAAGUAGAAGCGCAUGUUUGUGAGAGUGAUGAGGACUUACCCAAUUAUUCUGACAUUGAGGCUAUGAUACUUGACAUGGACUUGGAACCUGAUGAUCAAGAUAAUUUUGAUCUCGAAGUUGCCAAGUAUCAGAGCCAGGACAUGAAAAGAACAAUCAUAAGACUUGAGCAGGCUGCUUAUUCAUAUAUGCAAAGAGCCAUUGCUUCCCGUGGUGCAUUAGCUGUUUUAUAUGGUAGAUAUUCAAAACACUACAUCAAGAAGCCUGAGGUUUUGGUGGGUAGAUCAACAGAAGACCUCGCUGUGGACAUUGAUUUGGGAAGAGAAAAGCGGGGUAGCAAAAUAUCUCGACGACAGGCAAUCAUACGGCUGGGUGAUGAUGGGUCGUUUCAUAUGAAAAAUCUGGGGAAGUAUUCAAUAUCAGUAAAUGAGAAGGAAGUAGAUCCUGGACAGAGUUUGAUCCUCAAAUCCGAUUGUCUAGUUGAGAUUCGGGGAAUGCCUUUCAUAUUUGAAACAAACCAAAGUCGCAUGCAAGAGUACCUGAAGAGAACAGGGAAACUGAACUGAGACCAGAACAAGAGUGCGUGUUGUUUGUGUAGAUGAAUGAUGCACCUCUUGUGUAAUGUACCUUAGCCAUAGGAACACGUCUUGUAGAUCUUUUAUUACAUUUUUAGUUCGCAUCAUGCAUAGUUGUCCCUGUUUUAAAGCGUUGAAACGAAAAUACCAGUCUCUUGUAACUGAACUUCUUAGGUUUUAAGCGAAGAAUGAUUGUUCUUGUGUUUGGCUUGUGAAGUUGAUACAAGAGUUCUUUGGAUACCCUAUCAAUGUAAGGGAUUGGAUUCCAUUUUCGUGACUCACACACUGAUUUGCAUUGCUUGAAACUUGAUGUUGAAAAUAGAAACAAUCCAUGUUA